CUUGUGGGCUCCUGGGAUUACUUGGCACGAACAAUGUUUUGGAAAAGCAAAAGUUUGCUUCAGUGGAGGGACUUGUGCUCAAAAAGGAACAAGAAAAGAACAGAAAAUAUGAUGAUUCAACAAAUUUUUUUUCAACACUCUCUUUAGUGUCCUUUCUUGUCAUGGGCCCCCUGCUCUCUUUAGAAAAUGUCUGAUUUAGAGAUGGAAACAUUCCCCAUUUGCAUGAAGCCAAGAAAUUGAUCUAUUUAUUGGCUUUAUUCAAGAAAAGCAUAAUAUAUCCUCAUAUCAACAAACCAUGAAGUGGAUAUAUUUUAAUUCAGACCCAUUUCUUUCUUCACUUGAAUCAUGGCUGAUCUGGUAACGCACAGCUGACAUAGAGCAUCUAGUAUAGGAAGUCUAAGAUGACAACAGGUUGCCACUGCCUCUCUGGAUAAAUACCAAGGCCCUUGCAGAUUCUCCUAGCUACAGAAGCUUCUCCAGGAGCCUGAGACUCUGGCAACCAGGCUCAUGAUAAACAUUUCAGGAGAAACUGAGUUCGGAUUGAAGUGUGUGAUUGAUCUCAAAGCAGAACCAAUAUUUCCGUUCAGGCUUGUUGCAGCCACAAUCCAAUUUGCUCCUAUAGCCCACUUGAAGGACCUGAAGCAGAUAUAAACCAUGGAUGAGUUUGGCUCAGAGAGAUCAAAGACAUGGAACAUCUAUACCAGUUCAGACCCUAGCCCUUCCCAUACUGUUGUCGAUAGAGAAGGUCCAUGGAAGAGCUAUGGCUCAUCCAUGAAUGCCAUUUCAUUUGGCUUUGUUGCCACAGCAAUCUUAAUAUCAAUGUUUCUCAUAAUGGCCAUAUUUGAGCAUUUGUUCAGGCCAACUUCUUUCUCUUCCAGUCAAGACAGCACCAGCAGGUCCCUGGAAACAUGUACAGCUGAAAAACUUAGGAACCAGCAAUCAGCGUCGACAAUGCAGGCAUCAGAUUUCUCAGUGGUGAUGCCAGGGCAACACUGUCCUACCUUCAUAGCCCAGCCUGCUCCUCUUCUUCCCUGUCCAAGGGAAGGUGUCCACUGGCCCCCCCAUGAACAUGAUUCCACCUUGCCUUAGCCUAUCUAUGUAUGCUACGUCAGUGUAUGCUCCUAUAUUAAUGAUUUUAUGUAUUUCCCACAGAAGGAUUAAGACAUCACCGAUCUCAUUCUCAACCCUUUUCUACAUUGCUUUUGUUUCUGAAAA